AUGUUGGUGGCGAUGGUUCUUGUUCUUUUUGCCUCUCAGGCUUUAUGCGUCGAGGCUACUCGUGGUCUGAGAGUGUCUCGCGAUGAGGACCCGGUUAUAGACGAUUUUGCGUGGGACCUUUUGACGGAGACUACUGGGGUUGAUGCGGGUGACCAUUUGGAGAAGCCUGGUGAAGGAGGACCGGAGUCCUUUGCGUGCACUGAGGCGAGUUACUCAAUGACUCGAGCAGUGUUGAUAGCUAACAGAAAGCGUAGAAACCCGGCCCCGACAGACUCGAUUGUCCUGCCGCGAUAUCAGCCUGGACCGAACUCACCGACGACACCGGAAACAUCGCCAUCGAGGGUGGAAGAUGCCGCUCAGCGACCGCGGGUGCCUGUCGGGCGACUAGAAAAGCAUCCAAUACGCCCAAGUCAAAAUCCUGACUAUCCUUGCGCCUAA